AUGUGUAUACCUCGAGUGGCAAUGAUCGCCACCUUCGUCUUGGCAAUACUGUUCUUAUGUCACAGCCAUGCUUGUUUACCUCAAAAUAGCAAAGGGGAUUUUCCUGAUGCCAACGAGGUUAUGUGGAAACUACCCCUAACGUACAUGCUUCAGUCACUUGGAAAUUACACUAACUUACUUUGUGGUUAUCGACGUUUCUACAAUGAGACUCAUAAAAGAGAUAAUAAAACUUACCAAAAAUCUGAUUUAAUUUUUCUGUACAGGGAUGGUCGGGAAUUUAGCCAACCUCGCUAUGUAAGAGAAGUUAUUAACUACACAAUUCAUAUGGCCAAUCGUCCAGAACAAUGGUUUCCCGCAAGAUACAAACUCGAGAUAUUGUUUUCUGACAUGAACUCCUGUAUGAUAACAAGAAACCCGGACACAGCGUUCCCUAAAGCCUGUAACUUGAUGGUGACAAGAGAAAGUUUUCCCAAACCUCCAGAAAUAUGCUUGAGCAAAUUCCAGCAGCACUGCAAAUCAACGGGGUUCAGAUAUACUAUCGGCAAUUGCCCUGAACCAAAAACAAGAUAA